UGUGGUAGCAAGUACAAACACACAUUCAGAGUUCAGAGCAACAAGGGACCUCACCUCACCUCACCUCACCUCAAACUCAGAGAACGUUUAAAAUGACAAGCCAAUGACACAACACAGAGAUCCAACGCUUCAAGUCAACUGCGUCUCACUCUCUGACACAAAGACAACCUUCAAUCAACACACAGAAAACAAUACAUUUUUGAAAUGACCCUUCUACCCUUCCCUCUUCACCUCUCUCUUCUCCCUCACUGACUCAACCACACUCAUUCUCUCUAUUCCCACAAUGGACGCCGGCGAAGCCCACUCCGACCUCCGGCGAAAUGGUGACGAUCCGACCCGACCCGACUCGCGUUCUGAUUCUGCUACCGACGGAGCUGCGGCCACUGGCGGUGCUAGGUACAAGCUGAUGAUGCCGGCGAAGCUUCCGAUCUCGAGGUCGCCGUGCGUCACGAUUCCGCCGGGGCUUAGUCCGUCGUCGUUUCUGGAGUCCCCGGUGCUGCUCUCGAACAUGAAGGUGGAACCUUCACCUACCACAGGGUCCCUUCCUAGGCUUCAACAAACGGCACAUGGUUUUGUGAUUUCUGCGGCAUUUCCCGUAGCCACUGUAUGCUUCAAUACCAAUACUGUUGAUAACAGAAAAUUGAGCUUCUUUGAUCUUAAAUCACACUGUAGAUCAAAUAUGGUUCCUGCAGACUUUGAAGACCAUGUAAGUGAUAAAUCUACUCAAAAUGGUCAAGUAAAAGCAGUCAAAAGUGAAAUAGCAGUCCCUUCAAAUGAAGUAGGUCGAUCAUCACCUGUUCACAUGGUUAGUUCUGGGGCUAGUACUCAUGUUGAAGUCAAUUCACAUGAAUUAAACCCAAGGGGCAACAUAGCAACUGGGCCCCAAGCAUCACAAAUUGAGGGUGGGGCUGGUGGACUUCCAGUUGCUGCUGACAGAGCAUCUGAUGAUGGAUACAAUUGGCGAAAAUAUGGGCAAAAACUUGUUAAAGGAAGUGAAUUUCCCCGCAGUUAUUACAAAUGUACACAUCCUAAUUGUGAAGUGAAGAAACUAUUUGAACGCUCUCAUGAUGGGAAAAUCACUGAGAUAAUUUACAAGGGAACCCAUGAUCAUCCUAAACCUCCACCAAACCGCCGAUACUCUACUGGAACUAUUAUAUCUAUGCCAGAAGAGAGAUAUGAUAAGGCUUAUUUGACUAGCAGAGAUGACAAAGGAUUCAAUAAUUAUGGCCAGGUGUCUCACACAGCUGAGCCUGACAGUACUCCAGAACUAUCACCUUCAGCAACAAAUGAUGAUAGUGUAGAGGGUAUUGGGUUUUUGUCAAACCGGAAUAAUGAUGAGGUUGAUGAUGAUGAUCCCUUCUUAAAGCGAAGAAAAAUGGAUCUCGGAAAUAUUGACAUCACUCCUGUAGUUAAGCCUAUCCGAGAGCCACGGGUCGUUGUACAGACUCUGAGUGAGGUUGAUAUUUUGGAUGAUGGUUAUCGUUGGCGUAAGUAUGGGCAGAAGGUGGUGAGAGGCAAUCCUAACCCUAGGAGUUAUUACAAGUGCACGAAUGCUGGUUGCCCCGUUAGAAAACACGUGGAGAGGGCAUCUCAUGAUCCAAAAGCUGUAAUAACCACAUAUGAGGGUAAGCACAAUCAUGAUGUACCAAUUGCAAGGAACAGUUGCCAUGAUCACAUGGCAGGACAAGCAACUGCACAGACAAGAAUUAGGGCAGAAGAAAGUGAUACUAUUAGCCUUGAUCUUGGUAUGGGGAUUAGUCAAGCUGCUGAAAAUAGAUCAAACAAUCAAGGGAGGAUGGUGCUUUCUGAAUUUGGGGACAGUCAAACUCACACCAGCAAUUCCAAUUUCAAGUUUGUUCAUACUGCCCCUGCUUCAGUAUACUUAGGUGUACUAAAUAACAAUAACUCACAUCCAUAUGGUUCUAAAGAAAAUCCAAGUGAUAGAAACCAUUCUGCUUAUCCUUGCCCCCAGAACAUGGGAAGAAUUCUGAUGGGUCCCUGAAAUUGUUUACACCAAAAAUCAAACAAAAAUGAAAAUUACUUUCUUUUUGGCGGGUGAAGCUUCAAAGGCAUAGCUCCGUUUUUGUUUGUUUGAAAAAGCUAAUUGUUCUUAUGUGUUCAUAUUAUUGCUAUCUGAGAGGUGCUCUUUGGUAGAAGUAGUAGUAGAUGUGUCCAUUCUUGUUGAGUUUUAAAUCUUAUUGUUGUCUGUAUAAUAUAGAAAUUCUUCUGUACAAAUAUGAAGCUGAUACCAAAGUUACUUGGACAUAAAACCUUGUAAAAGUGUUGGAACUCGACUAUUUAUAAGAAGUGUUUAGCUUAUUCC